CUUGCCGUUCGGACGCGCCAGUGCGGCUUUCAAAAAGGUGCAGAAAGCUUCGAAAACACCGUAGAUGUACCACCCACUUCUUCCAGCAUCGACAAUGAGAUGGACAGCAUCUCUGCAUUCAAUGAAGCACUGCACUGUCUUACCGAUACCGAGUAUAGCACACCAUUUGCUGAGAAAUUCUAACCAUGCUCCAUACCGCCAACACCUUACUACCCUGCGCGCACUUUCUACUACAGCCGCCUCUCCUCUCUCAACCACCACCCUCUCGUCCAAACCUACCAUUUCUCCCCCAACGACAGACGCACCCGAAAGCUUGGCCCUCAUCUAUCAAGGCCCGCUCGCGCCCACAUUCAAGCGCCUCAAGAUCUUCUCCUUGUCCUCUCUCACGCUCUCCUUCCUGCUCUCGCCCUUCAUUUUCAUCAUUGAGUCGGGGCUCCCGCUCUCGGCCCGCGCAGCACUUGCAGGCAUCGCGAUCGGCACGAGCGGCGUGUCGACCGCGCUCGUGAGCUGGUGCGGGCAGCCGUACGUCACCGCGAUGCACCGUGGGGCGGCGGACGGAGUGCUCGAGCUCACGACGCUCACGCUCGCGCUGCACUCGCGGGUCACGCGUGUCUACGACCCGGCAUUCCUGGAGGACGCAACUAGGCCGUUCGCGCGAUGGUCGCUCGCGAGCGCGGUGCAGCUGCCGAGCGGCGAGGCGCGCAUGCCGGCGGUGGGGUCGGAGGAGACGGUGUCGGAGACGACGGACGCGAAGGGGAAUGUGCUUGGGCGGUGGGUGGUGACGUGGGCGGAGAACGGGGAGGGAAAUUGCAGGGCGGUGGGACAAGUGGUCAGGCACUUCAACGUGCACGAGGAGCUGCUGGACACCCCCGUUCGAUAGCAUCUCUUCGCGUGCUCGGUAAAGCUGAACACGUAUUUCUUCUGUCUUCCAUUCCAUUCUGCACACCGCCUGGCUCUCGCUUUCGAUGUGUCUGGAGUGGGAAUGUGGAAUCCGGUCUUGUUUGUGAUGUAAUAUGAUCGCUCCCAUCC